AUGAACAGGCGCUGGCUCUGCUGCCUGCUCGCUGCUGCAGUUGCUGCUGCUCUCAGCAGUGCUGCUGCAGCAGGCCAAAAUUACUCAUCAGCCCCUUACCAGCAAACCCCACAAGCCAGCCCCUAUUCAGGCUCUGCUGCAGCAGCAAAUGAGGCUGCAGCAGCAAAAGAGGCUGCAGCAGCACACAGCAGCACGGGGGCCCCCCAGGGGCCCCCUGAGGAGCCCAUUGACUUUACUGAGCAGCUGGUGAGGGACCUGCAGCGGCUGCAGGAGCAACAGGAGCUGCACGAGCUGCAGCAGGCGUUCCAGGAGGAACUGCAGCAGGACCAGCAGCAGCAGCAGCAGCAAGAGCAAGACCAGCAGCUGGAGCAAAACCCGCAGCACGGGCAGGACCAGCAGCAGGAGCAGCAGCAGCAGCAGCAACAGGUGCAGGACCAGGAAGAGCAGCAGCAGGAGCAGCAGCAGCAGCAGCAGGAGCAGCAGGAGGAGGAGCCCGUGCUGCUGCUGGGGGCCCUGCGGCUGGAGACUUUGUUCGAACACAUGACGGCGCUGCAGCAGCACUUCCUGCUGGCUGUGCUGCCGGAGUCUUGGGCAGUUCCAAAGUUUGUGCCAGCAGCAGCAGCAAACGGAGAGUUGGGGCAAGUGCAUGCGUUUUUGCUGCAGCUAGCUGAGGGUUUGGGGGCCCCCUCUCCAGUGCCGGCUUUGGUGGACAUAGCCGAGGCGGGGCAGCUGCCGCUGCUGCAGCAGCAGCUGCAGCAGCAGCUGCAGGAGCGGCUCCGUCGGCCACGGGCCCCAGGGCUGGCUCAAACCCUUCUCUUUGUCUCUGCCAAAUUUGGACAAAAUUAA